AUGUCUACCGCCGUAGACUGGGAGCAACAGGAGCCCAUUCAGCCUCAAGUGCCUGUGAAGAAGCCCUCCGCAUCAAAUCGAUUCGUUCCACCGGUCGCAGAAUCCCUUGGGUUAACGCGGCUCCACAGGAAUGGCAAAGCUACAUUGCUUGUCUGUCCCCUGAGUACGGUGACGAACUGGGAGGAGCAGAUCAAACAACACAUCCAACCCGGCACCUUGAAGUAUCAUAUUUAUCACGGUCCGAAUCGAAUCAGGGACUCUGCGAAGUUGGCGGACUUUGAUCUCGUCGUGACAACCUAUGGAUCUGUAUCAAGUGAGCUCAAUGCCCGCUCUAAGGGAAAGGCAGGCUCGCAUCCAUUGGAAGAGAUAUCUUGGUUUCGCAUUGUGCUCGAUGAGGCACAUAUGAUUCGAGAACAGUCGACAUUGCAGUUCAAAUCCAUAUGUCGCCUACAAGCAAGCCGCCGAUGGGCAGUUACAGGUACUCCCGUUCAGAACAAGUUGGAGGAUCUCGCAGCACUCCUUGCAUUUCUACGCGUCAAACCCUUUGACGAUCGCAGUUUCUUCACGACGCACAUUGUGCAAGCUUUCAAGUCGUGCGACCCUGAGAUUGUACCAAAGCUGCGUAUUCUUGUGGACACUAUCACUCUGCGGCGUCUCAAGAACAAGAUUAAUUUGCCCGAACGAAAGGAUGUUAUCGUUAAGCUCAAGUUUUCUGACGAGGAACAGCGUCUCUAUGAUCUCUUCGCCAAAUACGCGCAGGAGAGAGUUGCCGUUCUCACAAAUCGUCGGGAGCGUAUGGUUGGCGGUAAGACCUACAUCCAUAUUCUCCAGGCAAUCUUGCGUCUACGCCUCAUCUGUGCUCAUGGCAAGGAGCUCCUGAACGAGGACGAUCUCCAAGUUUUGCAGGGCAUGACUCAAGAGUCAGCAAUUGAUCUCGACAGCGACGAAGAUGAUGGAAAGCCUGCAUUGCCUGAAAAGAAGGCAUACGACAUGUUCGAUCUCAUGAAGGAGACGAAUGCCGAUGUUUGCAUAGAGUGCACUCGCAAGCUGGGCUCUAACGAUGGCGCGGAUAUCGAGUCGGAGCGUCAGGAGGAUGUGCUAGGUUAUAUGACACCUUGUUUCCAUCUGUUCUGCCCGAAUCACAUUCGCUCAUUCCGCGAUGAGACCACCGGGGCCACCUAUAACAGCAAGUCAUAUGGUCACUGCCCUUUCUGUCAAGAGCAGGUUAAGUUUGCUUGCGUGGAGCUCCGAUCGACCCGUGCAGCCGAAGAACAUGACUUGCACACCAAAGCGAAGACGACUAAGACGGGGACUAAGUCCAUCGACAACUAUGGCGGCCCACAUACGAAAACGAAAGAGCUUGUUCAGGCACUUCUGAAGAACAAGGCCGAUAGUGAAGAAAAUCCUGAAUUACCUCCCUUCAAAUCAGUAGUAUUCUCAGGUUGGACGUCUCAUUUGGACCUGAUCCAAGUCGCCCUCGAUUCUGCGGGAAUUAUUUACACUCGGCUCGAUGGAAAGAUGUCACGAAAUGCCCGUACGCAGGCUAUGGAUAAUUUCCGCGAGAACCCCUCAGUCCAGGUCAUUUUGGUCUCAAUCACAGCGGGUGGGUUGGGCCUGAAUCUCACAACCGCCAAUUCAGUUUACGUCAUGGAACCCCAAUACAACCCGGCAGCCGAGGCGCAGGCUAUUGAUCGUGUCCACCGUCUAGGCCAGAAGCGCCCGGUCACCACAGUUCGCUAUAUCAUGCAGGACAGCUUCGAGGAGAAGAUGCUCGAGCUGCAAGACAAGAAGAUCAAGUUGGCGUCCCUCAGUAUGGACGGCAAUCGUGAAGGGCGGGAGACCAUGACACGAGUUGACGCUGCCAAGCAGCGACUCAUGGACUUGCGUAGUCUAUUCAAAUAA